AUGUGCCUGCGCAGCAAUAAGGUUUAUAAGGUUUCUAUGGUGAGUGAGACGGGCAAGGCGGCGGACGGACCAAUCAGCGUGCAGAGUCAACUAGCGGCCUCGAACCUCAGACUCGACUUUCCAAGCACAGCCAUCAGCGAAGCUCUGCCUUCUUCCCUCUUCCUCCCCUUCACGGCCCCUUCAUCUCCGUCGCCCGACCCCCACGACCUCUUAUCGAAACGCCGCCACUUCUCCAUCUCGAGGCCCUUCCACUCAUUGCCCACCAUGUCCUCAUACCUGGAGAAGCAGUCCUCCGCCUUCCGCGGCACGCUGGCCUCGGCGGCCGCGAAGCUCUCGAACCCUUCCAGCACGAGCGCCGGCAAAGCGACGUCGCUGGCACCGCCGUCCCCCUCGCCGUCCGCCGCAUCGGACAGCACCACGCCCACGGCCAAGAGGAAGCGCGACCUGGCGCCCGAGGUGCCAUUUUCUCAGCCCACGUUGACGGGGUACGGUGCCGAAGUCAAGACGCAGAUGGCCUUUGCGGUCGAGUAUCUCAAGAAAAAGGGCGAGCCCAAGAGCAUCACCGACAUCAUCGACCAUCUCAGCCUGCGAAGCUUCCCGGAGGAGCACAAGCGGGAGCUGACGGAGGGACUGAGGGGCCACCCGCGCGUCGAGUGGAAGCCAGACGCCAGCCUGAGCGAGCAGACGUGGAAGACGGGCAUGUACUCGUACCGCCCCAUCAUCCUCAACGUCAAGGACGGCACGUCUCUCCUGGCGUACCUGCAGCGCAAGACGGACGCCUCGGGCGUUUCGGUCAAGGACCUCAAGGACGGCUGGCCCGACUGCGAGGAGACGCUGGCGUCCCUGGAGAAGCAGCACAAGGUCCUCGUCGUCCGCACCAAGAAGGAUAAUUUCCCCCGCUACGUCUGGGCCGACGACCCGUCGCUGCACAACGCGGUCCAGCCCGAGUUCCAGGUCAUGUGGCACCGCGUCCCCAUCCCCAGCGUCGAAGACAUGCACCGCAAGCUGGUCAACGUUGGACAGAAGCCUACUAGCGAAGACCCGCUCAAGAUCCAGCAAGCGGCGGGCAACAAGCCCAAGGUGCAGAAGAAGAGGGCGAGCAAGAGGACGGGAAAGGCGACAAAUGUGCACAUGGCUCAUUUAUUGCAGGAUUUCAGCCACAUACGGCGAUGA